AAAUAUCAGCUCAGUGUCCGGCGUUUCAUGUUCUGAAAUCCUCUACCUGGAAAGUGUUUUCUUCUCCGUUCCAAAUGAGACGCCUUGACGGGCAACAACUGGUGUCGAAACUGUGUCUUCUUGCGAUGCUGCUGCCACUGCUGCUGUGCUUUUUCCUAACGACAAGCCUGGUCACUGGUUACCGCAGUCCCCUGAACGACUUCCAGCGGUCGGAGGGCCGAGAGCUGGUCCCCACUUCUUGGAACUCGGCCCACGUUGUCACGUUGUUGGUCCUUAACGUGGAAGACUGCGCUGCACGGUGCUCGAUCUCACUAGACUGCAGAGCGUUCAACUACGAAACGCGGCCAACAAUCACAUGCAAACACCUGCGCUGGGUGGGAGAUGGCAGCAACGCCGAGGUUAAACGCAACGUCAACUGUGACCUUUACGAGAAGAAAGUCUAUGUUCGCAAGUGCAUCGUGGGUAAAGGCGAAGACUACCGCGGGAAGGUGUUCACUACCCGAAGCGGACUCACCUGCCAGCAAUGGUGGUCCAAGUUCCCUCACGAUCACAGGUGGACUCCUUCACCAAGCAACGGCUUGGAGCUGAACUACUGCCGAAAUCCAGACGGGGAUCGCAUCGGGCCGUGGUGCUACACCACUGACCCCGAGCGACGGUACGAAAGUUGCAGCAUCCCUCAGUGCAAAGACGACGUGUGCAUCACAUGUAACGGCGAAGAAUACAGAGGGCAGGUAGACCACACGGUAAGCGGAAGGGAGUGUCAACGGUGGGACCAGCAGUACCCUCACCAGCACAUCUACCAGCCCGAAAAGUACCCUGACAAGAGUCUGGAUGACAACUACUGCCGUAACCCGGACGCCUCGCCUGUGCCAUGGUGUUAUACAACAGACCCCAACGUGGAGCGAGAGAGCUGCGAAAUCAGGAAAUGCACUGAGGUGCGCGUGGAGAAACGUCAACGCUCCAGCUUCACCACCAACUGUUUCCGUGGCCGCGGGGAGGAUUACCGUGGCAGAGUCAACGAGACCACGUCAGGCAUCCCUUGCCAGCGCUGGGACGCGCAGUAUCCUCACGAGCAUCCCUUCUACCCCAACACAUACGAAUGCAAGGGCUUGGAGGAGAACUACUGCCGCAAUCCGGACGGCUCCGAGGCCCCCUGGUGCUUCACGUCCGUGCCAGAGAUGAGGACUGCCCUGUGCCUGCAGAUCAAGCGCUGUGCGGAUGACAUUGACGCGGAGGAUUGCUACCAUGAAAACGGAAGAAACUACCGCGGCAUGGUGCGCAAAACACGCAAGGGCAUCACCUGCCAAAAAUGGAACGUGAACACGCCUCACCUUACCAGAAUAAAUCCCAGAACGCAUCCCGAGGCCAACUUGACCGAGAACUACUGUCGUAACCCAGACGGGGACCAACACGGUCCCUGGUGCUACACCAUCGACUCCAAAACUGAGUUUGACUACUGUGCCAUCAAACAAUGUGCUGGAGAGAAAGUAUCCCUCACGGAAACAGUUGAAAAAGUUGAGUUCAGUGAGUGUGGGAAACGAGAGGCCCGCUUCCAGAGUAGCAGGUUACGCAUCGUAAAUGGCAUACCUGGGAACUCGCCAUGGACGGUUAGCCUCAGAGACAGGAAAGGAAACCAUUUUUGCGGAGGCGCCCUGGUGGACGCCAGAUGGGUCAUCAGCACCAAGCAAUGUUUCUCCUCCUGCUACGUGGAUCUGCCCGGCUACUCGGCCAUGCUGGGCACCUUGUUCCGUGAUCCACAGGAUGGCGAACCCGGCGUACAGACCAUCCCGCUCACCAAGAUCGUCUGCGGACCUUCUGAAUCUCAGCUGGUCAUGCUGCAGCUGGAAUCCCCAGUCCAGUUUAACGAGCGCAUCUCUCAGAUCUGUCUGCCUCCUGAACGCUACAUUGUGGCUGAAGGGACCAUUUGUGAGAUAGCAGGAUGGGGCGAGACCAGAGGCACCGGAGAUGAGACCGUCUUGAACGUGGCCCAUAUUCCGGUGCUCAGUAAUAAGGACUGCAACAAAUAUUUCCGAGGUCGGGUCCGGGAGAACGAGAUGUGCACCAGUUCCUUCCAGGGAGGGGUUGGAGCUUGCGAGAGAGACUACGGUGGCCCGUUGGCAUGCCAGAACCAUGACUGCUGGGUUCUGGAAGGUGUGAUCAUCCCCAUGCGGCGCUGCGGACACGCGGGCCAACCCAGCAUCUUCAUCCGGGUGUCGGUCUAUGUGGACUGGAUCAAGAAGGUCAUGGGCUUUGCUUAGGAAAGAAAAAUGGAGUAUUUGUCGUUAUGAUGUUUUCGGCUAUUUUUUUUAUGAAUGCUUACUACAUUGUGGCAAAUUUGACACUUGAAUUUUGGCUUGCAAGACAAAGCAAAAAAAAUGAAACUAAGCAACAGCUUGAUCGUUCAUCUAUCUAAGGCACACAUACAGAGUGCAAAGUUGCUAAGGUGAAUAUUGCAAGAUUGUACCAUUUGACUUGCAGUAUAAACUUGCUUAACCAUAGUAAUAAUUCGACUUGACUUUCUUGAGAUUGAGUGAAGCCUCGACUUGCUUGAUUUUUUUUUUGCCACAGUAGCUUGCUUGAAACUUGAAGGUUAAGACAUGACCUAUUUGUAAUGGAGUGUUAGUUUAACACUAAAUGUAUUGGUUUUAUUUUUGGAAUGUACAAUUAAUUAAACAUCAAAAAUAAGUGAA